UUUUUCAAAUACCAAAACGUCGGUUGGACAGUUGGACUAAUAGCUCAGCCAAUAAUAAAAAACCCAGAUGACGUAAAAUUACCAGAAAACGAUCAUAUAGAUUUCCACAGAGAGAGAGAGAGAGAGAGAGAGAGAGAAUGAGUGGAGCAGAGAAGGUGGUGAGUGUAACCGGAGCGUCCGGUUACAUAGCUUCGUGGGUGGUAAAGCUGUUGCUGCAACGGGGGUAUACUGUUAAAGCCUCAGUUCGUGACCCAAAUGAUAAAAAGAAAACAAAACACUUACUUGCACUGGAUGGAGCUAAGGAAAGGCUACAGUUGUUCAAAGCAGACCUACUGGAAGAGGGAUCUUUCGAUUCCGUAGUUGAGGGUAGUGAAGGUGUUUUUCAUACAGCAUCCCCAUUUUAUCACGAUGUCAGUGAUCCGCAGGCAGAACUAAUUGACCCUGCUCUGAAGGGAACGCUUAAUGUCCUUAGAUCGUGUGCUAAGGUGCCAUCUAUCAAAAGGGUGGUUAUAACAUCCUCUAUGGCAGCAGUUGCGUUUACUGGAAAACCUCUUGCUCCUGAUGUGAUAAUCGAUGAAUCUUGGUUUUCAGAUCUAGCUGUUUGUGAAAAGUUAAAGCUUUGGUAUAUGAUUUCAAAGACCUUAGCUGAGGAAGCUGCUUGGAAGUUCACAAAAGAGAACGGAAUCGAUAUGGUUGCAAUAAAUCCAGGAUUGGUGAUUGGUCCUCUCUUGCAGCCAACUCUGAAUACAAGUGUGGAGCCUGUUCUAAAGCUCAUAAACGGUGCUGAAACAUUUCCAAAUAUAACUUACAGAUGGGUUGAUGUUAGAGAUGUUGCCAAUGCUCAUAUUCUAGCCUUUGAGAAUGCUUCAGCUAGUGGGAGAUAUUGUUUAGUUGGAAGAAUAACACACUGUUCAGAGGUCGUGAAGCUUUUGCGUGAUCUCUUCCCUGCUCUCAAGAUUCCAGAAAAAUGUGCAGAUGACAAACCUUUCACACCAACUUACCAGGUUUCCAAGGAAAGAGCCCAAGUCUUGGGUGUUAAGUAUACGCCUCUGGAGGUAACAUUGAAAGAUACUGUGGAAAGUUUGAAGGAGAAGAACUUCUUUUAAUCAUGGAACUCAUUCGAAUUACCGUCGAGACAUUAGAGCUCAGUUUAUCCAUUAUGAAAAGUAUGUUAGGCCAAUUCGCAACAAAAGUCCUUGUCUAAGAGCCCUUUACAUUUUCAACCAAAAAAAAACAAAGCCCUUUACAUGAAGUUUUAUUAGUCACCUAAAUGCAGUAAUGGGGAACUUGUUUCAACUGCCUUUUACUUAUUGCAAGCUUUAAACUUUGAAGUGACUCCAUUAGAAGUUCUGCUCAACCCACGCCUUUUCCUCUCUUGAGGGACUUUUAGUGCGGAUUGAUAAUCAAAUUGCUGAGCUCCAGGAAAGGUAAAACUGAAAGUGACUUAUUGGAGAUGAAA